UAGUAAGUUUGUUGUUGAUAGUAAAUCAGUGUAAAAACAACAAUAACCAUAUUUUCUAAAUUAAACAUGCUCAGAAUCAAAUUUUAGUCUAAAAUAACUUGGUGAGCAUUUAGUUUUUAAAUAAAUUUUGAAAUUUAUCCCCCUAAGUUAAAGAAAUGGAUCAGAAAUCCUCAACUUUGCAAAAAGAAAAGAGAUCACCUCACCAACAACGACCUGGGCAGUACGAGAUAUAUGAUGAAAUUGUGAGCCAACAGAGAAAUUUGGCAAAGAAGAAAGUGCAUUACAAAAAAGUGUAUCCAACGAACAAACAAUUUCUUCCUGAAGCACAUUUCCAAAUACCAGAGAGUGACAGAAACAAAUACUUAGCUCCUUAUCCUAGUGAUGAUUAUCAUAGACUACCCAAAGAGCAUGAGAAGCAGCCCGUUAGCCAAUUUCAAGACACUGCAGAUCCAAACUACUUCCCUAACAACCUUUCUCACUACAAGGAUAAAGCACCAUCAAGAAAUAGAAGACCAGAAAGCCCAAAAACUGAACCAGUGAAAAGUUUUGAGAGAGAGACCAAAGAUGUAUGUUACGAUCCUUCCCUCCCUGCAGUUCAAUAUCGGGACCCCAACCUUGCAUCAUCAUCUGAAAACCCGGAUGGAGACCUCGGUAAGCAUUCCUCCCUGAUCUGCAGAGCAAUUAAUUACGAUGGAGAACCAGUGACAGUGAAUGAUCAGGUCAUUAGAAACAAACUCAUUUUAAGCUGCCGUCCAAGAAGAUACUAUGGGACUGAAAGCUUCUCAAAAAAACCAGUGCCAGUUCAAAAUGACAGAUCUGGUUAUGGAUAUCCUCCAACAAAUACCUCUGGAUAUGAAGAUGUAACUUUCCAUAGGUCAACCGAUAUUGAAUAUCAGCAGAAGAUUUCAGGCCAGCCUUACCCCGACACACGGCCAUACACAGAGAAGAGAACAUACACGGGCUCAGGAAAACCCAUACUGGCAAGGGCAGAUGCUUACGAUUUAGGCAGCUUGGGAUUGGGUGAGCAUGGAAUUCAGGGAGAAAAGAGACCUGAGGAUCAAAUCAAGGACAAUGACAAAGAGGGGGAGAAGUAUGAAGAACAGUACAGAGUGAUUCAGUGUAAAAGGUACACAAGGAACUUUAAAACGCUUCUGUGGGCACUAUUCAUCAUAAAUACCCUACUGGUGCUGGUUGGUCUAGCUCUUUUGCUACUAACCAUGAUACAUUUCCUGUUCCGUAACCACAUCAACAUUGUGAUCGGCCAAACAGGUUUUGUCAACUGGGUUUGGGGAGCGAUGGCGCUUUCUCUAUGCAUCAUCAUUGUGGGGGUGUAUGGCAUCAUCACCUCCAUCACCAGAGCUAAACCUAUGCUUGUGGCGUACUGCAUCGCAGCAGCCAUUCUGGCUCUGGUCAUCUUGAUCUAUCUGCUGAUAUUCUGGCUGAUGUUCUCGAACCUCAAGGACACAGAGAGAUACUCCAUGGUAUCCACUUUCAACAAGUACAGGUGCCAACGCUGGAUACGACAGGGUUGGGAUACUGUGCAGGAGAAGUACCAAUGUUGUGGGGUAGAAGCUCGAGGUGACUGGAAGUAUGUUCCACCGUCUUGUUGUCAUGCUGACAAUAAGUUCCAGAAGUUGGCGUGUAUCAACCAUUUUAUCCAGGAGGAUCAGGCCUACAGUGGUGGAUGUCGCACUAAACUGGAGGAUUACUUUACGUCGAUGUUCUUGCUGAUCAGUUGCCUGCUCGUACUGGCAAUCAUCCUGCUGAUAUUGGGAAUAAUGGCUGCACUUCGGCUGUUGAAGAUGUACAAAAUCAUUCUGAUGUGCAGAGAAAUGUACCUCAUUACACCUUGACAACUUAUAAAUUGUUAAGUUAAUAAAAAUAUUUAUUAUACAAAUAAAA